GUUGAUGAACCGAUAUGACAACGCGAACGCCAUUAUAUUUCUCUUCUGUCAUUAUUGUGUCCAUAAACGAGAAAACAAAAGAAGAGAAAAUUCGAGUUAAAGCAACAUAAAAUGAUGUACGCUAAUCAAUAUUUUCCGGGAGACCCAGAAGACGUUGAACAGAAGUUCUGGAAAAUGGGUAUAAAGCACGAGUUGUGGCAUGAGGAAAUGGAUUCCCCGGCUCACUUUGAGAAUCAAAUUCGUGACUUGUAUAAUACACGUCAACUACUUUUGUCAAAAAUGACGAUUCAGGGCAAUUAUAAAAUUCAAUCGAGUAAAGUCUUUUUGGCCAACAUGAAGAGGGCAAUAAACAAACAAAACAAUUUCAUUAGUAAGUUUGGCAUUGCAGCUGAUAGGAGUAUGGACCGUAAAUUGAAAAUUGCAUCGAGGGGAUGGUACAAAAUGAUAAGAAAUCAACUUUACAUGCACGGGUAUAUUUUGAAGCGUGAAAUGUAUAUGAACCAACAUAAGCAGACUCUUCUGGAUGCAUUGGCGAGGCUACAACUGUUAAACGAUGAACUUGACGGAAAACUUGUACAGGAAUGUGAUGCGCGAUUUCCAUAAUGAAGAUAAAUUCAUCCAUGUGAAAUCCCAAAACACUUUCUGAACAGGCGGCACUUCGGCUGGUUUCACAAUCGAUGGUUCUUCGGUUUUCUCUUCAAAUAUUUUAUCUUUCAGUCAUUUUUACUGAAAACUUCCUCUACUCACUGCAUAUGCUCCGAUAAAAAUAAAUAAAAUUCAUUAAAACUACACAGAAAAUGAAACAAAAA